AUGUCAGGCUUCGGAGAUUACCCGCCAAAUAUGGCGCCGCAGGAUGCGCUCAUCGUGCGGCAGGAGGCAGAGCCAGACCACGCCGUCGUACCUUACACCGGCGAAGAUCUAGCCCGUCCGAAGCUGGGCCCCGCGAACCCGUUCAAGGACGAAACCACCACGCUGAAGCGCAAAAACGUCUUGACCGGCACGGCGGAGGAGACGUUCCUCUCGGAGCACACUUUUCGGAGCAAGCACAGGGCGAUCGAGCGGAAAGGAGGACCGGAACGUGAAUAUCAGACCGGCGAGGCCGUGAAAGAGGAGGCUGCGAAGAUACGCUCCGGUCGUGAAAAGAAGGGUGACGCGUCCAUCGUUGAAGGCGACGGCGCGUAUGUUGGACCCUGGGCACGGUAUCGUCGUGAAAAGUACGAGGUCGUCCGCGAGGGCGAGGAACUGGCCAGCGACGAGGAGUACGAAGAGGUUACGGACGACGACGAUGUGGUGGAGAGUGGAACAGUGCUGCGCGCCCCCGAGGCAGCACUGACGAGGAGAAAAGAAGUCGAGGAAAUGGGCGAAGAGACGACGACAUUCCACGGCUCCGAGGAAAGGGAUUACCAAGGCCGGACAUAUAUGCACGUCCCGCUGGACCUGGACGUCGAUCUGCGCAAGGAGGCGGGCAGCAUCACGAACUUCAUCCCCAAGAAGCAGAUCCAUACGUGGCGGAACCAUACCAAGGCUGUUACCGCCCUGCGUUUCUUCCCCAACUCCGGACACUUGUUGCUGUCAGCCUCGGCAGACUCGACGGUCAAGAUUUGGGAUGUGUACCACCAGCGCGAGCUGCUGCGGACGUAUUCCGGCCACUCGAAGGCGGUCUCGGACGCUACGUUCAACAACGACGGCACGAGGUUCUUGUCGGCUAGCUUCGACAGGCAGAUCAAGCUUUGGGAUACGGAAACGGGAUCGUGCCUGGGCCGGUUCUCAACAGGCAAGACGCCGCAUGUUGUGCGGUUCAACCCGUCGGUGGAGCAUGCGCACGAGUUCGUCGCUGGCAUGUCGGAUAAGAAGAUUAUCCAAUGGGAUACCCGCGCCGGCAACGAGAUUGUUCAAGAAUACGACCACCAUUUGGCCGCAAUCAACACAAUCACCUUCGUCGACGAAGGCCGCCGCUUCAUGACGACCUCAGACGAUAAGUCACUGCGCGCGUGGGAUUACAACAUCCCGGUGCCUAUUAAGUACAUCGCCGAGCCUUACAUGUACCCGAUGACGCGUGCGGCACCGCACCCGAGCGGCAAGUACGUCGCGUUCCAGUCCUCGGACAACCAGAUCGUCGUCUACGGCGCCAACGACAAGUUCCGCCAGAACCGCAAGAAGUCAUACCGCGGCCAUAACAACGCCGGCACGGCCAUCGACGUGUCCGUUAGCCCCGACGGUCAGUUCCUGGCAAGUGGUGACACCCAGGGUUAUGUUUGCUUCUGGGACUGGAAGACGUGCAAGAUGUACCACAACCUCAAGGCAGGCGACCAGGCAGUCACUUGUGUCGCGUGGCACCCGCAGGAGACUAGCAAGUUUGUGUCGGCGGGCGCGGAGGGAGAUAUCCGGUACUGGGACUAA